AUGGUGCUCUUUUCACGCACAGCGCUUUGCCUGCUGCCGAUGUCACUCGUGGUGGUUGCCUACCGGCCACCGCCGAGACUCCGAGCCAAGAAGUCGAGAGCCAAGGGCCUUUCGCAGAGGCAGCGGCUGCAAAGUCCGGGAGUGAUCUACGCUGCUGUGAACCAGACGGCCUCCAUCUCUUCAUCCCUGCGAGGGCUCCUCCCCGCUUGGAGCGGCGAGUCCUUGGCGGAGCUCCUGGCCUUGGGUGCCGUGUAUUACAUGCCCCCGGAGGGGAACCGUUUCGAGCGGAUGGGCAGCACUCUACAUCCGGUGCAUUCUGAUCAGAGGCACUUGGUACAGGAGACGCUGGUGGAGCGCGGUGGGGAGCUGCGAGUGCAUACCGAGCCAAAGCGAUAUCACAGAUGCUCUGCGGAAGGCCUCGAUUGGGCUGAUCGUUUGCUGUAUGUCAGCCAGGAAUAUGUUGUGGUGGACAAGCCUGCUGGCGUGCCCUGCGCACCUCACGUUAGUAAUGGUCGGGAAUGGCUUGUUCCUCUGGUUGCAGCAGCGCUCAGCUCGGGAGGUGAAGAGCUCGUUGCCUGCCAAAGGCUGGAUGUGGCAACCUCUGGGUUAACUCUGCUGGCGAGAAGCAGGGAGGCUGCGGAGCGCUUCAGAAAGCUGCUCUGUGAAGGAGAAGUGACGAAGCGUUAUCGAGCAAAGGUGGUCGUUCAAGAGGCGAAGGCGGCGUUGUUGGAGCACUGGCUCUCGGAUGCAGUCUUUGGGAGGCCUGCGCCGCGCCUUGUUGCUCCGUUGAGUGCUCCUGUGCAAGACAGCCGGCACAAGUGGAGGAAUGCCCGGACGACGAUUCUGUCAACCACAUCGGUAGAGGAUGGGUCACAGGAGAUGCUUCUGGAUCUUGACACCGGGCGGACUCACCAGAUUCGAGCACAGCUCGCAUCAAUGGGUGCGCCUGUUGUCAACGACGGCCUUUACAGCCACAUGACCAAUUUCCUUUGGCAUGGACCGUGGGAUGACGAGGUCGCAGAAAGCCUAGUGAAAAGUGCAACUUCUUCGGAAGAUGUUGACAUUGGGUUGCAGUGCGCCCAGCUCAACUUUGAGGAUGUGCUUGUCAGAGUAGAGGCCGCUCCAGGAUACCUUGACGAUGACCUCGACCAAGGUGCCGCCGAGCGGCAUGGUGCCGAGCGAAAAGAAGGCGAACGUUCCGCUCCUCAAUGGACCUUCUUUGCUCAGCAAACUUGGCUGGACCAGAGAAGGCUUCAGGAGUAUGACGACGAUCCCAGCAUCUCUGCAAGGCUGGCCAAGAAAAAGGAGCAGCAGCGGCAGAAGCGCGAGGAGGAGAAAAGCCGAAUAGGUCGAUUUGCUUCCUGGCUCGGGUGGAAGAAGGAGCUAAUUGAGGAAGUGAAGGCCUGA